UCAUGCAUUAUUUUGCGGUUAAAAUUAAACAUACCACCGUCCUCGUUUUCAUCGCCGUCCACACCAGGCUCUCGCUUUAUUUAAACCAUUUUAGUUUUUCGGGCCUGUGGGUGCGGGCAAAAUAGCGGGUGGAAAACAACUUAAUCUCGGUGCGAUGAAUGAGUCGCACACUGUGUACGUCGAAACUCGCGGUCUCAAAGCUCGUCGCGCGUCCUGGACAAAAACUAUUCCUGAGACUGAAGGUCUAGAAAAUCGCUGAGCUGCUCAAAGUACUCAGCAAUCUAUUACGUAGACCUCGGACUGUUUUACAUCUGUUGUUAUUAUUAUACUUUGUUAUAUCAGAAGGGUAUAUAACUUAAACACUUUGCCCCCUUUCGAUAUAUAAACUCCGGUAUAGUAAUUGGUUGGGCAACACAUUGACGAUAGCUGGCAUGUAGCUUUUUGUCAGUGUUCUGGUUGAGAUUGUUGUUGUCAAUAACCACUGAAGCUUAAAAAAUACUACCAUCGUUUAGGUUCUAAUUAUUUGAAAAUGGAUAUUUUGAGAGACGACGAAGAGCAUGAGCUGAAAUACAAACCAGGGGGGCGUUUGGACAUGCGCCACGGCUUCCUGCACCAUAUCCGGAGGAACCAGAUUGCUAGAGAUGACUAUGACAAAGAAGUGAAGCAAGCUAAGGAGCUCCAGCGGCGGAGACACACUACAGUCCCCAGACGACCACGUCGACCUGACAUCCAAGUGUAUCAUCCACGGCAACGACAUGGAUCAGAGCCAGGGGCCGGUGCUGAAGCUGAGGAGUCGAACAAAAGUGAAUCAAGCACAGAGACAGAAUCUCAGGGGACAGAACUAUUUUGGCUUGAGUAUCAGGCGGAUUCUGGAGCCAUUACAUCAUUUCUUGUGCACAAGGAUGAUAAACCUGAAAAGGUGGUGGAAUGUGUCGCAAAAAAGAACAGCUUGGAUUCAGCCAUGAGGUCCGCUCUGGUGGCUCGAAUACUUAAGGAAAUGGACAAAAGACGAGACAAGCAAUGAUUGACCUCUGGAGGAAGAUUUUAAGGGGAAAGACAGAGCCCCGUAGAAUAUUAUUUUUUUGGUUUUGUGCUGCUCCAAAGCACAAUCUUCAUGCUGAAGGUACAUUUGGGCAGUGGUGGCUUAGUGGUUAAGGAAGCAGACUUUGGUCUGGAAGGCAAGUUACCACUGAGGUGCUCUGAGUAAGGCACCAUCCCCACACACUGCUCCCCGGGCACUUAAAGCUGCCCACUGUUCACUUUGGUGAUGGGUUAAAAACAAGUCAGCCUGUGCAAACCCUGUGCAUCGUCGGCCAAGGAUCCCAAUAUGUGCUGCAGUCAAGAUAUUUUCAAAAUAAUAGGAAGAAACAGCUCUAACUAAAAACAAUACAGCAGCAUGUCCACGUUGACUGCAUCAUUCUUACCUCACACGGUAUGUUCAUGCCUCCCAAUUAAAUACUUACAUAUAAACCGUUGGCAAAUCUCAUACAAAAUGUUAGAGUUUAGUAGUUUUUGUUUUU